UGUUUAAGCAGUAGGGAGUUUCUGCUAGGGUCUGGAUUGGAGUUACGCAAAGACCGGACCCUACCGUACAUGAGUGGUGUCUGAGGAAAAAAAGGAUUCCCCCUUAUCUCAAAGAAUCUACAUGUCUAAUAUUUAGACAUGUUCAGCUUUGUGGAUAUUCGGUUAGCGCUGCUGCUGAGCGCAGCAGUGCUUUUGGCAAGAGGUCAAGGCGAGGAUGAUAUGUCAUUCAGCAGCUGCACAUUAGAAGGACAGCUGUACAAUGACAAGGAUGUAUGGAAACCAGAGCCCUGUCAGAUCUGCGUCUGCGACAGUGGAACCGUCAUGUGCGACGAGGUGAUCUGCGAGGACUCAUCCGACUGCGCCGACCCAAUCAUCCCAGACGGAGAGUGCUGCCCCAUCUGCCCCGAUGAUGGGAUUGAUGAUGGCCAAGGAGUGAUUCAGCCUGAACAGGGAGCCACUGGCGACAAGGGAGACAGGGGUCUGCCUGGUCCUCCUGGCAAUGAUGGAUUCCCCGGACAGAACGGUCUUCCUGGCCCACCCGGCCCCCCUGGCCCCCCUGGCCUUGGCGGAAACUUCUCUCCUCAGAUGAGCUACACUGACCACUCCAAAUCAAACAGUGGCCCACCUGUUCCCGGCCCAAUGGGUCCUAUGGGUCCUCGUGGUGCUCCUGGAUCAGCUGGUUCCCCUGGUCCUCAGGGCUUCACUGGACCCUCUGGUGAGCCUGGUGAGCCUGGAGCUGCUGGUCCCAUGGGUCCCCGCGGCCCUGUUGGCCCCAAUGGAAAGAACGGAGAUGAUGGUGAGCCUGGCAAACCUGGACGCCCCGGUGAGCGCGGAGCUGCUGGAUCUCAGGGUGCUCGUGGAUUCCCCGGAACUCCCGGACUCCCCGGCAUCAAGGGACACAGAGGUUUCAGCGGUCUUGAUGGAGCCAAGGGAGACGGCGGACCUGCUGGACCUAAGGGAGAGCCUGGUUCCUCCGGUGAGAACGGUAUCCCCGGUGCCAUGGGUGCACGUGGUCUCCCUGGUGAGAGAGGCCGCCCCGGACCCCCUGGCCCAUCUGGCGCUCGUGGAAACGAUGGCACCUCUGGUGGCUCUGGACCUCCUGGACCCACUGGACCCGCUGGACCUCCUGGAUUCCCCGGUGGUGCUGGAGCUAAGGGAGAGACUGGCCCUCAGGGAGGCCGUGGAUCCGAGGGACCCCAGGGAUCCCGUGGUGAGCCCGGUAACCCAGGACCUGCUGGAUCCGCUGGACCUGCUGGAAACCCCGGAUCUGAUGGUGCCCCCGGUAACAAGGGUGCUCCUGGUAACGCUGGUAUUGCUGGUGCUCCUGGUUUCCCUGGAACCCGUGGUCCUGCUGGAGCUCAGGGAGCCGUUGGUGCUCCUGGUCCCAAGGGUAACAAUGGUGACCAUGGACCUUCCGGUCCUAAGGGAGAGCCUGGUGCCAAGGGAGAUGGUGGCCCCGCUGGAGUUCAGGGACUCCCUGGACCCGCUGGUGAGGAGGGAAAGAGAGGAGGUCGCGGAGAGCCCGGUGGUGCUGGAGCUCGUGGACCUAAUGGAGAACGUGGUGGCCCUGGAACUCGUGGUCUCCCUGGUUCUGAUGGUGCUGCUGGUGGCAAGGGAAUCCCUGGUGAGCGUGGUGCCCCCGGCCCAAUGGGAUCUCAGGGAGCCACUGGUGAGUCUGGCAACUCCGGAGCUCCUGGUGCUCCUGGAUCCAAGGGUAUGACUGGUAGCCCAGGAAGCCCUGGCCCUGAUGGCAAAGCUGGACCCACCGGCACUCCUGGACAAGAUGGCCGCUCCGGACCUGCCGGUGCCAUUGGAUCAAGAGGACAGCCUGGAGUCAUGGGAUUCCCCGGACCUAAGGGACCUGGUGGUGAGAGUGGAAAGCCCGGCGAGAGAGGACCUGCUGGUGCUACUGGAGCUCUUGGUGCUCCUGGCAAAGAUGGUGACGUUGGUGCACCAGGACCUUCUGGCAUUGCUGGACCUGCUGGAGAGAAGGGAGAGCAGGGACCCGCUGGUUCUCCUGGAUUCCAGGGACUUCCUGGACCCCAAGGCGCUACUGGUGAGACUGGCAAGCCUGGUGAGCAGGGUGUCAACGGUGAGGCUGGACCCCCUGGCCCAUUCGGACCCAGAGGCGACAGAGGUUUCCCUGGUGAGCGCGGUACUUCCGGCAUUGUUGGCCCAACUGGAGCCCGUGGUGCCCCCGGACCUAGUGGUAACGAUGGAGCUAAGGGAGAGCCCGGUGCCCCUGGUGGCCCUGGUGCUGUUGGAGCCCCCGGUAUGCAGGGUAUGCCCGGUGAGCGCGGAGCUUCUGGUCUCUCCGGUGCCAAGGGAGAGAGAGGUGAUGCUGGUGUCAAGGGAACUGAUGGUGCAGUCGGCAAAGACGGCUCACGUGGUAUGUCUGGUGGUAUUGGAGUCCCUGGACCUCCUGGUGCUCAGGGCGAGAAGGGUGAGGGUGGUGCCCCUGGUGGCGCUGGAUCCAGUGGACCUCGUGGUUCUCCUGGUGAGCGUGGAGAGGCUGGACCUUCAGGACCCGCCGGAUUCGCUGGACCUCCUGGUACUGAUGGUCAGCCUGGUGCCAAGGGAGAGUCUGGUGACAGCGGACCCAAGGGAGAUGCUGGUGCCCCUGGACCCUCUGGACCUGUUGGAGCUGCCGGUCCCCAGGGACCUGCUGGACCCCCUGGACCUAAAGGCUCUCGUGGUGGUGCUGGAUCUCCUGGUGCUACUGGUUUCCCUGGACCCGCUGGCAGAGUUGGACCCCCUGGCCCCUCUGGAGUUUCCGGACCCGCUGGACCCGUCGGACCCGUUGGCAAAGAUGGAGCAAGAGGAGGCCGUGGUGAGACUGGCCCUGCUGGUCGCCCUGGUGAGGCUGGUUCUUCUGGAGCCCCUGGUCUGAAUGGAGAGAAGGGAUCUGCUGGUCCCGAUGGUGCCCCUGGUUCCAGUGGUCUUCCCGGACCCCAAGGUAUUGCUGGUAAUCGUGGUAUGGUCGGUCUCCCUGGACAGCGUGGAGAGCGUGGUAACUCUGGACUUUCUGGACCCGCUGGUGAGCCUGGUAAGCAGGGACCCUCUGGACUCCAGGGAGAGCGUGGACCCCCUGGACCUUCAGGACCUCCUGGACUGUCUGGUGCUACCGGAGAGGCUGGUCGCGAGGGAUCUACUGGUAACGAUGGUGCCCCUGGUCGCGAUGGAGCUCCUGGCCCCAAGGGAGACCGUGGAGAGUCUGGUAAUGCUGGAUCCCCUGGAGCCCCUGGUGCUCCUGGAGCUCCCGGAGCUUUCGGCCCCUCUGGCAAGAAUGGUGACCGUGGAGAGGCUGGUCCCGCUGGUCCUGCUGGUCCUUCUGGCGCCGCUGGUGUCCGUGGACCUGCUGGCCCAGCUGGUUCCAAGGGAGACAGAGGAGAGGCUGGUGAGGCUGGAGAUAGAGGCCACAAGGGACACAGAGGAUUCACCGGAAUGUCAGGUCUGCCCGGUACCGCUGGAGCAUCUGGAGAGAGAGGACCCGCUGGUACCUCUGGACCCGCUGGACCCAGAGGACCUGCUGGAUCUAAUGGUUCCCCUGGUAAGGAUGGCAUGAACGGUCUGCCCGGACCCAUCGGACCCCCUGGACCUCGUGGUCGCAAUGGAGAGAUGGGACCUGCUGGUCCUCCCGGACCUCCAGGCCCUGCCGGACCCCCUGGUUCUCCCGGUGGCGGAUUCGACUUCAUCAGCCAGCCAUCUCAGGAGAAGGCUCCCGAUCCCUUCCGUGGAGGAUACCGCGCUGACGACCCCAAAAUGAUGCAGGAUCGCGACAUGGAGGUUGACACCACCCUCAAGACCCUGACCCAGAAGGUCGAGAAGAUCCGCAGCCCCGACGGUACCCAGAAGAGCCCCGCCCGCAUGUGCCGUGACCUGAGGAUGUGCCACCCUGAGUGGAAGAGCGGCUCUUACUGGGUCGAUCCCAACCAGGGCUCUGCUCUGGAUGCCAUCAAGGUCCACUGCAACAUGGAGACCGGAGAGACCUGCGUCUACCCCAGCGAGUCCACCGUUCCCAUGAAGAACUGGUACAACAGCAAGAACAUCAAAGAGAAGAAGCACGUCUGGUUCAGCGAGGCCAUGACCGGUGGAUACCAGUUCCAGUACGGCACCGAUGGAGCUGAUACCGAGGAUGUCAGCAUCCAGAUGACCUUCAUGCGCCUGAUGUCCAACCAGGCCUCUCAGAACGUCACAUACCACUGCAAGAACAGCAUCGCCUACAUGGACGCCGCCACCGGCAACCUGAAGAAGGCUCUGCUCCUCCAGGGCUCCAACGACGUCGAGAUCAGAGCCGAGGGCAACAGCCGCUUCACAUACAGCGUCAGCGAGGAUGGCUGCACGACACACACUGGCUCAUGGGGCAAGACAGUCAUCGACUACAAGACAUCAAAAACAUCCCGCCUGCCCAUCAUUGACAUUGCUCCUAUGGAUGUUGGUGCAUCUGAUCAGGAAUUUGGCGUCGAAGUUGGCCCCGUUUGCUUCUUGUAAAAAAAAAAGAAAGAAAUAUGGACAUGACAUUGUUGUUUUUUUUUCUAGCGGUCAUCUCUAAAAAUCCUUUUUUCUAUGCAUUCAAAAACUCAUUCGGCUGCCAUUGGUCCACAUGCUUAAAACCACUCUACUGAAGACGGUGUUACUUCAACUGAAACCGACCACAAGGACACUUUAAAAAGAAUCGUUUGUUUCCACUGGCAACAAGAAUAUAAUAUAUACUUGUGUAAAAUGUCCCCCUGGAGAUUGAGAAAAAAAGAAAAACAUCCCACACGCAAUGAAACACAGGUGACUUUUGCCAUUUUCUACCCGUGCGGAAGGACAUUGAAAACAACAAGUGAUAUGUACCAUUUUUCUGGUGUUAAAUAAAUUGUAAAAAGUGUGAAGUGUCUCCUUGUUCUAAAUUCACGAAAGAGAAACACCCGAAAGACAAAGAGGCUCACAAUGCGUAGAUGGCUACCUCAUAACAAGAAGUCACCCCCGUGUUUUGUUUUUUUCUUAAACGAAAAGGGUAUAUUUUACACAAACAAGUAUUCGAGGGAGUAGAAAACAUUCAAAGGUGCUAUUACUAAAUCAAAGAGGUCCAGUUAUUGGUGUUUGAUGGUGAAACUAAAAGCCGUCAAUACUGUAAUCUCUGCCACUAAUGCCUGCAGAACCUUUGGUGCUACUAAAUUGAUUUGUUGUCUAUGCAAUGCAAUUGUUUUCUUCUUAAGUGUUGGUUUGACGACAGAGGUCGAUGCACAUGUUACGCAUGUCUCUGUAGAUACAACAGAAGCAAGUGACUGGUUCAAAUCUCAUUUCCCUGCCCGUGUGUUCAGUGUUGAUCUUUUUCUGUCUGUUUGCCCCUGUGGAAAAAAAAAAAUUACCAACCUCCUCUUCACUAAAAGAAAGAACAGCACACUUCAUCCCACCCUGUUGUUUAUGUUGUUUGUUGAUGUCUUUUUUUCCGCCAAAGGUUUCUUAAAAAAGAAAUUUGAAGCAGACCCACUUUUCAUGGUUUAAAAGAGAGAUUCUGUACUUAUUUUGUACAUGUAUAAUAAAUCGAGAUGUUUUUAAUUAUUUUGGGUGCUGAAAUAAAGCAUGUGAAGUGGUCUACUCA